CCAGCCGCAGAGCAGUCUCCUUCCCCCCCCACUACUGCAAUGAUCUCCCCGCUCAAGGACAUCGUGAUCGCCACCGUGCUCGGCGUGGCCGCCGGCGCCGUCUGGAACAACUGGAAGGACGGCGAGAUGGACCGCAUCAGCCGAUUCUACAAGUGGUACGACGCCCAGGAGGCCCAGAAGAACGCCCACGCCGACGACUAAGCCCCCUCAAGCGCCUUGAAGCGUUCCCGUCUUGUGUGGAUGGUGUGGCGCUCGCCUCGGAGAGGAGGAGGACGACGACAGUUGGACGCAGCUACAGACAGGGACGUACUACAAUACAGCUCCAGCCUGUUGCUACAGCGCAGCGCGGCGUCCACGACGGAAGCUUCUUCUUCUUCUUCUUCUUCUUCUUCGAGACGAGUGAGAUUAAUGCAGAGGCCAUAAAAAAGAAAAAAAAUCAAGAAAAAUGAGCAAGACGACUGCACUGCAAUAGCCACCCGCCCCCACCGUCACACACAGAGAGCUUGAGCCUUACAGGAACUUGGUCGAUCUCUUCUGGGCAUGUUAUUGUCCCAUCAAUUAUUUUUUUAUU